AGCGGCGGCGGCUGGAAAUGGCGGCCGGUGGCUUGGCGGCUGUGGCCGCGACGGCUGAGUACUCCGGCCCCGCGGCGUCCGCAGGGAUUCUCUCCGGUGUUAACGGCGGCCUGAACGCCGGGGCAGGCCCUGGCUCCUGCCCGGGCUCGUGGAGCCGCUCCCUCGACCGAGCCCUGGAGGAGGCAGAGGUGACCGGGCUGCUGAGCCUGAGUGGCCGGAAGCUGAGGGAGUUUCCCCGGGCAGCGGCCCACCGCGACCUGACAGACAGCACCCGGGCCGAUUUAUCACGAAAUCGCCUCUCAGAAAUUCCUAUAGAAGUAUGUCAUUUUGUUUCUCUUGAAAAUCUCAACUUGUACCAAAAUUGUAUUCGGUAUAUCCCAGAAGCAAUUCUAAACUUACAAGCUCUAACAGUCUUAAAUAUUAGUCGGAACCAACUGUCAACAUUGCCAGUACACUUGUGUAACUUACCAUUGAGGGUGUUAAUUGCUAGUAAUAACAAAUUGGUCUCACUUCCUGAAGAAAUUGGUCACCUCCGACAUUUAAUGGAACUUGAUGUCAGCUGCAAUGAAAUUCAGACUAUACCUUCCCAAAUUGGUAAUCUGGAGGCUUUGCGAGACCUUAAUGUAAGAAGAAAUCACUUAGUAUGUUUGCCUGAAGAGCUUGCAGAGCUGCCUUUGAUACGUUUAGACUUCUCCUGUAAUAAAGUCACAGCAAUCCCUGUUUGUUACCGGAACCUCAGGCACCUGCAGGUGAUCACCCUAGAUAAUAACCCGCUCCAGUCACCUCCUGCACAGAUAUGCAUAAAAGGGAAAAUCCACAUAUUUAAAUACCUGAACAUGCAAGCUUGUAAGAUAGCUCCAGACCUGCCGGAUUACGAUAGGAGACCAUUGGGCUUUGGUUCCUGCCAUGAAGAACUAUACUCAGGUCGUCCCUAUGGAGCCCUCGAUUCAGGUUUCAAUAGUGUGGACAGUGGCGAUAAACGGUGGUCAGGUAAUGAGCCUACAGAUGAAUUUUCAGAUCUGCCUCUUCGGGUAGCAGAAAUUACUAAAGAACAAAGACUACGAAGAGAAAGCCAAUACCAAGAGAAUCGGAACUGUUUAGUUGUAACAAAUGGUGGAGUGGAACACGACUUAGAUCAGAUCGACUACAUUGACAGCUGCGCUACAGAGGAAGAAGAGGAUGAAGGAAGACAGCCCCGGGCCCUGGACUCCGACAGCCUCAGCUCACAGUUCCUGGCCUACAUCGAACAGCGGCGGAUCUCGCGUGAGGGUUCACCAGUAAAGCCAGCAGCUAUUAGGGAGUUUCCAAAACCGGAAGACAUAAGACGAUGUUCAUAUCAAAACAGGGUUCCAGUUGAGCCACCUUCUCUCUUGUCACUAUCACCAAGUCACAAUCAGCUGCCACAUACAGACAGAAGAGAACAGUUGGUAGAGCGUGCUCGUAGAGAGGCACAGCUGGCAGCCCUGCAAUAUGAAGAGGAGAAAGUAAGGACCAAGAAGAUUCAAAGAGAAGCUGUCCUGGACUUUAUCAAGCAAAAAGCAACACAGAGUCCACAAAAACAGCAACCCCCAGUGGAUAGUGAGUGUCCUUUCCCACCCAGAAGGUCUCAGCACACUGAUGAUAGUGCCUUGUUAGUGUCGCUGUCAGGGUUGAAUCAAGUGGGCUGUGCUGCUACCCUGCCUCAUUCUGCUGCCUUCAUGCCUCUUAAGAGUGAUGACAGACCUAAUGCCACGUCAAAUUCACCUGCAGUGGAAACAGCUGACUUAGUUCAUCACUCUGCUGCAUAUUCUUUUCCUGCUGCUAGCCAGAGAAAUCAAGUCCCGCGCCCUGAGAGCUUCCUUUUCCGAGGAGCUGUCAGGACAGAAACAAAUAAAGGUCAUGGUCCCUCCCUACUCUCACCUCCUAUACCUGCCUCGGAUUCUACAGAAUGCGUCACCAGACAGAGAGAAGAAGAGCUGAAAUUAAUAGAUCAGCUACGGAAACACAUUGAGUACCGGUUAAAAGUCUCCCUACCUUGUGAUCUUGGAGCAGCUCUUACAGAUGGUGUUGUUCUUUGCCAUUUGGCCAAUCAUGUGCGGCCUCGGUCUGUCCCAAGCAUUCAUGUUCCCUCACCGGCCGUGCCUAAAUUAACAAUAGCAAAGUGCAGGCGAAAUGUGGAGAAUUUCCUGGAAGCAUGCAGAAAAAUUGGUGUACCUCAGGACAAUCUUUGUUCCCCCUCCGACAUCCUUCAGCUAAACCUCAGCGUUAAAAGAACUGUCGAAACACUGCUUUCUCUUGGGGCACAUUCAGAAGAAUCCAGUUUUGUCUCUCUGUCUGUCCAGCUUCUGGGUUUUGUGGCGUUUUACUGUACUUUGAUGUUAACUCUCUGUAUGCUUUAUUCCUGGAUCUUCCCUUCUAGCUGAAAGACUGCAUUCCCAAGACUUUCCACCACAUUCCUGCACAUGGCCUGUUUCUCAGGCAGAAUAAUUUACGUAUGUGCUUUUCCCCCUGGCAUAAAGGAACUAAUCUUAGAUAGCUCCUUUCCCCAGGGGUCCCAGGAGCAGCCCAUCAAGUCCAGAAGCAUUCACGAUUGCCAACAACAGAACACACCAGCACUUUCCGUCCUAAUCAUGUGGCCUUCUUCCUCUUAUCCUACAUGCUGAAGCAUUUUCUACUAAAACCACCCUGAACCUAUUCUGAGAACGUGACAUAGAAACUUUAUUUCUGCCUGACAAUAAAACUGCCUGAGCAUUUCUCUAUGGCUCAGCACAGCUUAAAGGUUGAUGCACAAGCUGCUGAACCUCUCCUUCAGCUGCUCCUACAGAAGAUAGUGUAUCCUCCCUGACUACGCACACCUUGGCACUUCGCUUCUGCCUUAAAAUCCUGAGCUCACCCUUCAUUGGGAGGCACAGGUCCAUCGUAGGAGUCUGGACAUUUGGAAAACACUGACCGCUUAGUCUUGAUAAUUUUAAUUUGGUCAGAAUGUUCAGCUGAAAGGUCAUACAGGCUCUGUAGACUGCCAGUAGGUACAUUUCCAUAUUAUACAUGAAAACAUGAAAGAAAGGUCAUAUAGCCCAUGUGACCUUUAGGCAUUUGUCCAGAUUUACUGAGCUUACUGCGAUUAACUGAUUCACUUCUAUAAUCCUAUUUAGAAUGUAAAGUUAGAAUUUAUAUAAUUUUUAAUAUAGUUGAACCAUCAUAUAGGUGAAUUGGUAUUUUAUAAACUCUUGGGGAGAUAAUAUCUGAACAAUAAUAUGUAAAGUAUUAGACUGCAGUUACUGAUCUGUACCGAAGGCAACAAAUGUCCUUUAAUUACUUAGUAUGUUAGUUUCUGGACCUUAAUACUUAGAACUACAUUAUACUUAGCUGGAAAUGGAGCCCAGCACUUAGAGACUAAGGUUAGAGAUCACAAAUUCAGGCCAGCCCAGGUAACUUAGCAGUUUAGUAAUAUCCUGUCUCUGAGUUUUUAAAAAUACAUACAUACAUACCUAACUUCCAUAUGUAAAUACGUAAGUAAGUGUGGAGGGUAGGAAGCUGCCUGGCUGGCUGGCUGGCUGGCUGGCUGGCUAAGGGUGUAGCUCAGUGGGAGGGUCCAUGGUUCAAUCCUAGUGCUGAAGAAAAGAAAAUCUUCAGUUUUAUGCAGUAGUGCCUUCCAGAGCUUGGGGGUUUGAGUUUGUUUUAUUUUUAAGAUACCUUGAAGAGUCAAUGAUAAUUCUCAGUUUUAUGGCUUUUGUUCUGUUUAAAAAAGCAUUAAAAGAAAACAUGGUCUCAGGGAUCAUUUAGGGUGGUUGUGUGCAUUCUCCUGAAUACACAGUGGUCCCUCCAGCCCAGCGGGAAGAUGCAGGUGUUCCUAGCAAGUACCAGUCCUACCGAGUGGGCACAGGCUGUCACCGCGCUCCUGGUGAGAGCCAGGGCUCGGCCCUCUGGAAGGCAAAGCCCUAGACAGAUUCAUCUUCAGUGGCGUGAACCUGUAUUCGGAGUAGGACUCAAAGUAGUUAUACAAAGUUAACUCAUUGUUAAAAGAUUCGAGUUACUUUGUUUUUGGAAAGUAAGCACAAGUACCAGUAACUGCCUCAAAAAGACUUGCUAUACUUUCAUUACGUAAACUGGUUUUGUAAAACUUUCUAAUAAUAUGCUGUGAUAAGUGCCAAGUGAGCAGAGAGAAAUCCACUUACUGUCAUGAACAGAUAUAUAUAUAUAUAUAUAUAUAUAUAUAUUCUGUUUUUAAUGGAACCAGAACUACUAAAAGUAGUCUCAUUUUCUUUAUGAUUUAGUCUUAAUAGAAAAGCCAAUGGUAAAUGGUACAAUUAAGAUUUUCCUUUUUCUCUUAUAAGAAAGGAUUAAUCAAAAAGGUUAAUUAAGCAAGCAGGGUAGCUAUAUUUAACUUCUUAAUCGUAAAACUUCUAACAUAUUGGUGGUUAAGUUGUUACUAAGCUUGAGAUGGGCAUAGUGGCACACACCUGCAAUCUUAGCACUUGGGAGGCAGAAGCAGGAGGAUCAU